UUUAAAUGCAGAAGAGGGAGAAGACGAAGAAGACCAACCCAAAUCCAACUGCGCCACUCUCAAACGGUCAGCUCAUGACAGGACAGGACAGGACAGGACAGGAUCUCAAUACCACAAGAUUGGAAAUCCAAACUGGAGCACGGUCCAACUUAGCGGACGACAAACCACCGAUUCAUUCUUCCUUAAACCGAACCUUGUCUUGACUUA